AUGGCUCCACUCAAAAAUCUUGCUCAGCUGUCGCUCAGACACCCUAAACCCAAAGUCGUCUUCUCUUAUGGCACUGCAGGUUUUCGUACAAAGGCCGAUCUACUCGACUCGACUAUCUUUCGUGUCGGUCUUCUUGCCACACUUCGUUCACAGUACCUUAGAAACAGAGUUGUUGCUGUAAUGAUUACUGCUUCUCACAAUCCCCCUGAAGAUAAUGGGGUCAAAGUUGUUGAUCCGGAGGGUGAAAUGCUCGAAGCUCAUUGGGAAACUUAUGCUACCUCGUUUGCUAAUGCUUCUUCCGUAGAAGAACUACAAACUCUUUACAAUCAACUUGUUGAGAAACUCGAAAUUGACACUGGCAUACCUGGUCGUGUCAUCUACGGCCGUGAUUCACGAGAAUCUGGUCCUAGGCUUGUUGCAGCCCUUGAAGAUGGCUUUAAGGUUUCUGGAGCUGAGGUUGCAGACUAUGGUGUUGUCACCACGCCCCAGCUUCACUAUAUUGUCCGCUGCCUAAAUACCAAAGAAAGUUCUGAUUCCUAUGGCGAACCAACUGAGUUAGGUUACUACGAAAAGCUCUCUGAAGCAUACAAGAAGGUUCUUAAUGGCUACAGCAAAGCCUAUUCAAUUACUAUUGACGCAGCAAACGGUGUUGGGGGUCCCAAAAUUGAGGAACUUGCAAAGUAUCUUGAAGGAUUUAUUUCCGUCAAGGUUGUGAACAACAAAUACGAUCAGCCUCAGCUUUUGAAUAGCAAUUGCGGUGCUGACUAUGUCAAGACGCAGCAGAAGUUACCCUCAGGCAUUGAACCCGAGAAUCUUAAGCUUUAUGCUAGUUUUGACGGUGAUGCUGAUCGAAUUGUCUUCUUUUUUGUCGAUGAGGAAAAUAAUUUUAAACUUCUGGAUGGCGACAAAAUUGCCACACUUUGCGCUUCCUUCCUCCAUGAUCUGGCGGUUCAGUCUGAUGUUGGCUUUAGCCUUGGUGUUGUUCAGACUGCAUAUGCUAAUGGCAGCUCGACUGAGUACCUUACCAACACCCUCAAGGUCCCUGUGGAGUGCACAGCAACUGGUGUCAAGCAUCUCCAUCAUGCUGCUCAACAUUUUGGCAUCGGUGUUUAUUUUGAAGCUAACGGCCAUGGAACUGUUCUUUUUGAUCCUAAUAUUAUUGGAACGUUAAAAGCAUCUAAAGUUUCUUCACCUGCUCAACAAUUGGCUAUUGAUAGUUUACUUGCGCUUUCUGAUUUAAUAAAUCAAACAGUUGGUGACGCCAUUUCUGACCUUCUUCUCGUUAUCGCCAUUCUUACUAUCAAGGACUGGUCACCAAGCGACUGGGACUCUUGCUACACUGAUCUGCCCAACAGACUCUCUAAGGUAGAAGUUAAGGACCGAACUAUUUUCAAAACUACUGACGCUGAGAGACGUCUUGUAUCUCCCCCAGGUCUUCAAAACAAGAUUGAUGAUAUUGUUAAGCAGUUCCCCAAGGGAAGAUCUUUUGUUAGAGCUUCUGGCACGGAAAACGUUGUUAGAGUGUAUGCCGAAUCCACGUCUCGGGUCCUGGCUGACGAACUUGCACUUAAGGUUUCGCGUCUUUUGAAACCUCCCCAGUAA